AAACUCCAAAUUCUAAUGCUCUCAACGUCUAAACCCCUUCUCGCCCCGACUUCCCUUACUGCCAUGGCGAUCCGGCUACCGCCACAUGCACCAACCCACUAUGCCCCGCCUCACUGGCAGACACCGCCAUUCCGCUCCAUCACGCGAGUGGCUCCUUCUCCUUCCACCACCGCAACGGCAGUCUCGUUGCCGCCAUCUCCCAAGAAGGUUCUUGUGCCCAUUGCCAUGGGCACGGAAGAAAUGGAGGCAGUCAUCCUAGCCGGUGUUCUCAGGCGAGCGGGCGCUGACGUAACACUGGCCUCUGUGGAGGACGGUCUCGAGGUUGAGGCUUCCUAUGGGACGCGCAUCAUCGCAGACAAGUCCAUUGCAGCGUGCGCCGACCAGGUGUUCGACCUUGUGGCUCUCCCGGGAGGAAUGCCUGGUUCAGUGCGGCUGAGAGACAACAAGAUCCUUCAGAGAAUUAUGGUUAGACAAGCUGAAGAGAAAAGAUUAUAUGGUGCUAUAUGUGCUGCACCAGCUGUUGUUCUCAUGCCCUGGGGUCUUCACAAGGGAAGAAAGAUCACCUGUCACCCGUCGUUCAUAGGAGAUCUUCCAACAUUCCGAGCUGUUGAGUCAAAUGUUCAGGUUUCAGGAGAGCUCACUACUAGUCGUGGUCCUGGGACAGUAUUUCAGUUCGCUUUAUCAUUUGUCGAGCAAUUGUUUGGGCCUCAUUCUGUUGAAGAUGUGGACAGUACUUUGAUUGAUGCCGGUCUUGAGAGAAGUACAGAAGUCAACAGAGUUGAGUGGCCUUUUGAUCACAAACCUCAGGUUCUCAUUCCAAUUGCAAAUGGGUCUGAGGAGAUGGAGAUCAUAAUGUUGGUGGAUAUUUUAAGACGGGCAAAUAUAAAUGUGGUGUUGGCAUCAGUUGACAAGUCCACAAAUAUUGUUGGGUCUCAAAGAAUGAAGAUUGUUGCUGAUAAAUGCAUAUUGGGUGCUUCUGAUUCAAAAUAUGAUCUAAUCAUUAUUCCUGGGGGACCUGGUGGAGCUGAGCGUCUUCACAGGUCUACAACUCUUAAGAAGCUACUCAAGGAACAGAAGCAAGCAAGCAGGAUGUAUGGUGGGAUCUGUUAUUCUCCAUUGAUAUUGCAGAAGCAAGGUUUACUCCAGGAUAAAACAGUGACUGCUCAUCCUUCCAUAGUCAAUCAGCUCACUUGCCAGGUUAUUGACCGAUCAAAGGUCGUGAUUGAUGGAAAUUUGAUUACUGGGAAGGGACUCGGAACAGUCAUGGAUUUUUCCCUGGCCAUUGUAAGAAAAUUCUUUGGCCAUGGGCGAGCGAAAGGUGUGGCAAAUGGAAUGGUUUUUGACUACCCAAAGAGCUGAAACACCUAGCAUUUCUGCUACUACGGAGUAUGCGCUGAAUGUUUGGUUAUGCUAUAUGGAUCUUGCUAUAGCUAUGCUCAAAAUUUGAGGUGACUGCCUCUUGCGGUGGUGGCAAAAUUUUCUUCUGUUGCCGCCUUACUGGAUAUCUGCAGACUGCAGUGAAAUGUCCACUAAACAUGUUGGGAUGAACCACAACUGCAUUGGGAAAAUCCAGUUGGGGUCAGUUCAUCUCGAGAUGUUCUGCACCGAUGCGGCAUCAUGACCCUCCAGGGCCGCGGGCAGGACCUCCUCAGCGGGCGGCUCCAAGUAUGGCAGCAGCAUCAUGCGUGAGUGGGCGGUGGACCCGUCGCGGGACAGCAUGCGACAACAUAUAGGAACUAUGUGAACUUGACAAGUUUAUUUCCAACUUCUGGGCAAUCUGCCUGCGUACGCUUUCCUGAAUAUCGAGGUGCAUGACCUGCAAACAUGACGAUACAGCAAGCAAAUUAUAAUUUUGCUUCGUGACUGAACGAGUUUAUGUUA